CUUAGAUACGGAGCUGCGGUACAAGCCCGGUAAGCUGACGCUCACUGUCAGUUUCAAAAAUCUUUUGAAAAAUUUGAAUGUUAAUUGCACUAUUUUUAGGUUAUUUUUUUCAUAGUGUCUUUGAAAAUAGUCUACUCAAACAGGGGCAUUGAAGUUCUUGUUUCACUGGUAAAAUAAGAUUUUUCUUUUUAUUUAAUUCAAUUUUGUUGUAACUCAAUGUCAGGAUUUUUCUGUGUAUUUUCUUUGAAGGGUUGUGUAAAUAACUCGUUUAAAAGUAGCUCUUGGAGCCAUAAUGAUCCUGCAACAGCCCCUGGAGCAAGGUCCCCCAAAUCGGGACCCACGGGCCACCACUGGGGUGACUCGUGGACUGGACGCCAGGGAACCUUUGCACAGGCAGUUCCUGUCUGAGGAGAACAUGGCCACCCAUUUCUUCCAACUCAGCCUACGUAAUUACCACCACUACUGCAGCCCCCCUGUGACUUUUUCCGAAGCCCUGCCACCACUCAGGAGCCCUUGCCCAGAGCCACUUCUCUGGCGCUAUACCAGGAGCCUGAUUCCUGAAGCCCUCAGGCUGCUGAGGCUGGGGUAUACCCCUAGUCCCUACUACCCUGCAUCCCCAGCUGGGAUAUCAUGGGGGUCUGGGUGUUGAUGGCCUGUGUCCCUCCCCAUCUUCUUCCUGACAUCAAACACCAGCAACUCCUAGAGAGGGAUGAAGUCCUUCUCCAAACCAGGUGCCUGGCCACCAGGACCUUCCCCCUGACAGGAGGACACUAGCUUGGUGGAACCCUCAGUGAGAGACAGCUUGGGACCCCAUUAGUGAUAAAGACCUGUGAGCAGUUAAAAAAAAAAAAAAAGUAGCUCUUGGUGUGUUUUUCCUCCCUUAAUUUUUGUUUGGUACAUUUGGGUGUUUGCGUGUACUGAGCCACACAUGUGUGGUUGGGGCUGAGGAAAGCAAGAGGAGGAAAGUCUUGGGUCCCCCAGACUUGGAGGAUGGGCAGCUGUAAGAACAGUGUAAGCUCUUCAGCAGAUUGUUCUAGCUCUGAAGUGUCAAUUUUAUAAGCUGCAAUAUCCUGAACUAAAUCUCUACUGGUUUUAAACCACAUUACAUUUUGUUUUAAAGCCCAUGCUUAAAAGUUGACUUGUUUGUACAAAGCAGGUUGAGGCACUUUCGUUGUAUACAAUUUCUUUUUUGGAAUUGAUUAAAUAAUGGGUGAUUAAAAAUGAAGAAUCUGUGGUUAAUCACAAGACUAAAUUAUUAAGUAUAGGAGUUAGGUAUAUAGUAUGGUUCAUAAGACAGUUUAAAAUAACAACUAGUCUGGCUUAGAUCAUGUCUGGUUAGGUAUAAACUACCUUUUCAUGCUGUGAAAUAAGCAUUAAAAAUUGAUUGAUUUUCUUUUGGUAUGAUGCCAUGUUGGUGUUGGUGUUUUUUCUCUAUAGUAGGAAUCACUGGUAUAUUUGACUAGCCAUUUCCUUAAGAUUUAUCUUAUUUAUAAUCUAUAGGGUAAAUUUUACUGUGCGGUUUUAAGAUAGUGUAAACUGUCUUAUUUGUAAUAGGCAAGUUGAAAUGUUAGGUCUGUAUUCAAGAAUAAAGUGUUUAGGGAAACGUGGUUUUAUCAGAAUAUGACAGUUUUAAAAAGUGAGCUCUGUAGUUGCGUUGGUGUAUUUGUUCAGGCGUUCUUGUUUAGAAGGAUUCACUUGGAUUGUGUUGAAAAUGUCCAUGUAGUAAAUAAGCACAUUCCUUGUACUUGGUAGACUUUUUGUUGUUCUGUCUUCCUGGAGAUCAAACCCAGGGACUGUACAGUGUGUCAGUAAUUUGACAAGGCCCUUCCUCUACCAUGUGAUGGGUUAGUUUAGACAUUCUGUUGCAGAAUGAGUGCCAUAUCCUUUCCUGUGUAACGGAAUGAAUAAAAUUAGAAGUUAACUCAGAACAUUUUCUGUCAUCUAGGACUUUAUUGACAGUCUUUGUGCAUUCUUGGACAUUAAUCUUACUAGCUCUGUAUUGAGGGUUUUUUUUUUUUUAAGUAGGAAUUGAAAUAAAAUAUGAAGUAAAUUUAUUGAUGUAGUUUUAAAAUAACUUACUAUAGUUUGAGAACAAAGGUUUUUUUUGGGGGGGGGGUUGCUUUUUUGAAACAGGGCCUCACUUUUCAGUUCUGACUGGCCUGAAACUCACAGACCUGCCAGCUUCUGCCUUCAGAAUGCUAGAUUAAAAGUGUGUGCCGUAAUACCCAGCCUAAGAAAAGAAUACUUUAAAAAUACUAUUGCUUUUGUGACCACAUGUGGGUAGGUAGAUACUGCAUCUACACACACACACACACACACACACACUCACUCACUCACUCACUCACUGUGUGUGUGCUGCCUCAUUUGUGGAAGUCAGAGGUGGUUUUCUUGUACCAUGUGGGUCGGGCAGUUGCACUGAGAUGAUCAGGCUUUGCUGUGAGUGUCUUUACUCCCUGAGGCAUCUCACUGCUCCCGAGGAGAAAAAACUUUAGAUUUUAAUGGAACAGCUUUUUCUUUUCCAUCUGCCAGGGGUAAAAAUAGAAGUCGGGUCUCCGCACAGGCUAAGCAAACACUCCGCCAUUGAGCUGUAUCCCACCUUAAAACAUAAUUAAAUUACUUCUAAAUGGGUUUUUGUGUUACACCAAGAAUUAUUUUGAUGCAGACUUCAAGUUGUAUAAAUAUUGAGAAAUGGAAGGUUUACUGCUUUAUAGACAGUAUAUUACUUUGUAAGUUUUUAUUCACAGUAAGGUAAUUAUAUUGUGGUUUCUAUAUGUGAAUGGAAAUAGUGGCAGUUUGUAUGAAUCUACUUUGGAGAAUGGCUGACAAUUUUUCAUUACUUUCAGACUUGAAAGAGGCCUCCAGAAAAAGUAGAUGCGUAUCUGUGCAAACAGAUCCUACUGAUGAAGUGCCCACCAAAAAGUCAAAGAAGCAUAAAAAGCACAAAAACAAAAA